AUGUCCAACCAACCCCAUAACCCUCGCCCGGUCGCUUUCGUCUCUCCCAUAUCCGACACAGACGUCAAAGACGAAAAGAACAAGAAAGAUCACAACCCCAUCCACCAAGCCGCGCAUUAUCUCAAAAAUGCAGUCACGCUGGAAUCCAAAUCCGACGAGAAGAGGAGGGAAAGCGCGAUCGCGGACCCGGCGCAUGUGAACGAUCAUGGUGGGAAGGCGGCUGAGGCAGAGUUUUGGGAUAAGCAUGGCAAGGGAGGCAUGGGACGUGAGCACGUAAGCGCGACGGAUGAGUCUGUGGGCCAUAUCACGAAUAAGAAGGAAGUUGGUGGGCCGGUUACUGGGACGUUGUUGUGA